AUGGACGGUCCUACCCACACGUACACUCCCACCUCGCAGAAGCUUGGGCCCGUGAGGGCCACUACAAGCCUCGAUGAGGGCACACCCCAGUCGGCCAGCACCAUGGCUAACACCCAACCCCAGGCAUCCGGCCCCUUCUCAGGCAGCGACAGCUGCUUUGACUCGCCCACGACGGUCUCUUCAACCGCCUCCACAUUGCUCUGGCGAGGCCGUACGGACACCGCCGAGUCGGCACCGGCUUCCACCGAGGCUCUGAAAAGGGAAUCCUCGGUUUCGGCCAAGAAGGUCAACGCCAACAGCUACUGUGGCAGGCACUCGAAGGAGUUCCUGUUUGGCGGCAAGGGCUUUGGCGACCUCUGGAGGGCUGUCACCAAGAAGUAG